AGCCAACCCAACUACUAUCAAAGAUGCAGCCCAUCAUUACCACAAUUCUGGCUCUUGCCUCAGCUGUCGUUGUGUCAGCCAACAACUACACAUUCUACUGCGGCUCGUCGUGCACAGACGGCACUGCCGUCAACACAGGCAGCGACUACUCCGGCGCAUCCUGCACGAACCUCGAGACUGCCUACCCUUACUGCUAUCUCGAGGCAGACGAGGCCUUCUAUAAGGCGGUGGUGUCUGAGGGUUCGAAUUGUUUAGAGACCGGAGAACAGGUGAUUUGGCCUGGUGACUGCUUCGAGGGACCAUGGGAAUCCUUUCAAAUAGCUGUGAACCUGUAAAGGGCUUCCAGUGGUGACGAAAAAAAAAAGGAAGUUCGCGACGCGGUGGACACCUCUUGGGAACUCCGAUGUUGGGUUCCUCUCAUUUCGCAUCCACACACACUUUCUCUCGCUCUCCGUCUCUCAUCUCUUGUAUUCGGGCAGUCAGCAUUUCCUUCUGAGAUUUUCUGGAGUUGGGUUUUUCGCAGUUUCUUUGGUACAGAAUGAAGCAAUGACAAG